UGUAAACAUCGUGGACUAGUUUCGGUGUCUCAAAAUUCCUGUGUAGAAUAAUUUUACCGUGUUCCCGUAAACCAACUUCAACCAAGAUGAGUCACGCGUACUACGCAGAUGCUAUGAACAAGUCUAACCGGCGCAUCAUGCGCUGGUACCAGAACAACCUGAUGUCCGUCCUCCAGGAUGCAAAGGACCGCCAAGUGCGAGAGGUGGACGUAUCAAUAGCUAUCGCGCAGAAUCUUAUGAAGAUAUUGGACGAGAAAGUAGCCAAACCUAUAGAGGUGCCGCUACGCGAGCUAAUUCCUUCCGAGAAGGACGACCUAAUGAAGCCGAUUGAGCCAGAGGUUGAGGAUCUGCUGUACGGAAGCACGGAGAAGGGCGCCGGCGAGAGGUAUCUCAAGGCCAGAAAUAAGAAGUCGCCCGAGGAUAAAUACUUCUUCCGCAUCGUAACAAGCUGGGACUACGGCUGGCAACAGAAGCAGUCGCGGCAGCGCGCGCGCGACGUCAACCGCGGCCGCUGCGCCAUCUUGCGGGACACGUUCUACAGGAAGAACAACUUGGCGCCCGACCCGCGGCACUACUCGCAGCCGGCUGGCGGCGAAGUGUCCAUCUGCAGCGAAUACUCUUGCAACUUUAUGUAGAAGGAAUACAAGAACAAGACAAAAGGAACACUCGUACGGCUUCAAAAAUAAACAAGUCGGACUCACGGUACUACUCAGUCUGAGGAGAACCCAUCUUGGCUAC